CGGCCUUGGGCGCCCCGGGGGUCUCGCUGCUUCCGCUCUGGAGCGGGGCCGGGUUCGUUCGUGUAGGGGGCAGCGGCCCCGUCCUAGUGACCGCCCGCACCUCUCUCGGGGCUCGGCUGGGCGGACCCGGCGAUCCCCCGAGCUGGGCCGUUCCCUCCGCCUGGCCUGGGGACCGGCCUGUCGGAGUCAGUGGGGCUCCCAGCGCUCCCUGAAAACCCAGGGGCGGAGGCCCUCGACUGGCGGAGCUGCCGUGUUGCCAGCUGGGGAUUUAUUGGGGCACCUCGUUCACAACGCCUCCGUACAGAAUAAAGUCUAGUCCUCGGGCAGCUCAGGGAGAGCUUCCUGUUCUUCGCCAGCAAACAAACCGGGGGCUUUUAUGAAUUCAGUAAAAGUAACCACAUUUCACAGAACUUCCGAGUAGCUUUUCCAUUACCAAUAUUUCCCAAUCCUUUAAAAAGGAAACCGUUGAUAAAUCAUUGGAAGAGAGAGGCCCUCCAAUUGCAUCUAAAACAAUGGACUGUUCUUUAUUUUUCAAAUAUUGCUGAUUUUAAAACAAGAUCCAGGACUAAGAUCAGUGGGUCUCAAGUGAGUUCAGUAUAUUUAGGGGUCUAGCAUUUGAUGUUCUGGCUUCUCAGCUGCCUUGGGGCUUGAAUCUGUUCUCACUGUGGUCAAUGGCGAUAGACGUAAACCCUUAGUGUGUGGAGAAGUCUGAGCAGGAGUUUGUCUUGAAGUGAUGCUCUCUUCUAUUUGCAGCUGUAUAAAGGGUAUCCUGAACUUUUCUGGGAUAUAUAUGAAACUAAUGUUUAUAACCAACUUUUGAAUUCUCAGACUGCUCUGUAAAUGGCUCUACUGCUGAAUCUCAUAAGGCAACUGCUAGAAUACUUUGGUGUACCAGCUGAUCAGUUCAUACCAAGGUGGGAAGCUCAUAUAGACAAUAGCAGCAUUGUCCGUAUGAUUGAAACAUGUCUUCCUUCAACCCCCUUCUCAAGAAGGCACUUUCAGCAGAUUAUAUCAGUUUGGCAAAGUAAGGAAUAUGGAUCUACGCGAAGCAUUGUUCGUAGACUUGGGACAGUUCUUUCUUUAGAACCUUGUCCAAGACCUCACUUUCAGAUGGUCCAAGGCCUGAAUUCUUUGGAUUAUGACGAACGAAGUACAACACCAAAUCCUGUAGUUCCAUCUCUUGGUGAUAUUCUGAGGGUGGUAAAUGAUGAGGGAGAAUCUUUUGCUAGAUUUAGGGCUGAAUCAAGGGGAAAGGAAAUAAUUACAGUUGACCAUGAUGUAUCUCCAGCUAUAGUUUCCUUGCCAACUGUUCUAAAAAAUAGAGCAGAGAAAGAAAAUCUUGUGAAUGAAGAAGCAAUUAAAAAAAUUUCUGCACUUGAAAAUGAGUUAACCCUUCUUCGUGCCCAGAUUGCUGCAAUUGUUGCAGUGCAAGGAUCAAGAAAUAGUAAUCAAUCAGGUUCAGAUGUCUUGAAUUCAUUUGGCAUUCCAAGUGGUUCUUUCCCAGUGCCAGCAAUGACUUCUACUCCAUUGUUCACCGCACCAGAUCACUUUGUAAUUCCUCCACCUCCCCCACUUCCCUCCAUAGCACCAUCUGGCUUUGAAGCCAGUAAUUCAGCAAUUGAACUUAUUAAACAACGUCGUGCUGCAAGUAAGACCAGCUCAACAACUGUUGACAAAACUGAACACCAGAAGACCGAGGGUGUUCUUAGUAUGAUGGAUGUUUUGAAGGAUAUAAACAAAAUCCGACUGCGAACUAUUGAGAAGUCACCUGGCGGUACACCUCUUCCUAAGACAAGAAAAAGGCGGAGUUCACAGUGGGAUCCAGCAGCUCUAAUAGCUCAGGCUCUAAAGCAGAAAUUUGCACAUCAAAAUGGCAGUGAUUCAUUGGACAAAGAAAACCGAUCUUGUGACACCUCCCCAUUUUCCAGUCCAGAAGCCCCUCUGGUUGGACGUCACAUUUUGAAGCCAAAUUCAAAGAACAACCUCAUAAAAGCUGAGGAAGUAGCACAGGUAUCAACAGCAAAAGCAAGGGUACAUAUUUAACUGGUGGCGCUGUGUGGAAAAACCCAACAACUGGCAUGCUUAUGAGUGGCAGGACCAUUUCAGGAACAAUUUCAUAAAAUGUGUACACUGGGAUGUGUACACUCCCAUGCCCCAGGAGCUAUGGUUUAUAAAACUACCUCUUUUGAUUUGAGCGUCCCAACAGCCAAGCUUGUCAGUGUGUUGUCUGCUUAUAAAAAAAUACUUUAUUGGCAUUUAUUACUUUAUAGCUGCAGACCAGAAUGUUUGAAGAUAACUUUUUAGAUACUCUGAAUGGGAAGCAGAUCAUAUAAAAAAGACUGGAUGUUUCUCAGUGUGGAGGCUGAAGUAUACAUGGGAGUGUGGAAACAAAAUAUUAAUAGCUCAGG